UCCCUUUCCUUCAGCGAUUGGUUAAAUUCUUGCACUAGACCAUUUUUGGCAACUACCAAAGGACUUUUAUUGGAGUUUCUUUCUUGUUAUUCAAAUUGUCCUGCUGUAUCUCAUCCUGGUCCCAAGACUCCAUCACUGCAUUAACUUCAAGCCAACAGACAACCCUUUCUACACGAGGAGGUUCCUGUAUGUUGCCCACGUCGGAUUCAGCUGCCUCCAUUUUGGUAACUACGCUCAUAGGCCCUCAACUGAUCCAUAUUGACCCAUAGUGUAAUGGCACCAAGGUCCGCACAGAGAGUCGUGACACCUAGGCGUUUCUUUCCAGGAAGCAACUUGAUUCAUCUUGCCAGCACGGCCUCAAUGGGUUGGUACCCCCAACAAACUGACCCGUGAGUGCAGCGGGGUAUGGCCUUUUAUAACAAUUUCUAAUUCUUUGCUUUCCAUACAUGGUAACAUACGGACGUACAGCCUGAUUGGGCGGUCUAUGUUAUGGAGCCCUGAGGAAAUUCAGGACUAUGUGCCCAUAGCCCGGUUGCCCUUCCUUGUCUCCUCCUUCAGGCUCUACCCUCCUACUGCCUGCUUCCUGCCCGGAGCUGUAUCAUGUGUGAUGAGAGGGUCGUGGUGGCACCGGACUCCUUGGAUAAAGAAUACCUCCUUACCCACAUGGCGCCCAAACGUCACAGACAAGUGAUGAAAACAAUAAGAGAAACCGUGAGGAAUUUCAAGGGCCUGACAGAUUUAAAGCCUCCAUUAUACGGGGGCUGUUGGUGAGGGGAGCUUAGAAAGGAACCCUGGGUCCUGCAAAAGGAAGGGUCUGGGGGCUAGGAUUGCUGCAGGAGGGGGCAGGCGUGGAGAAACGGGAAGCGCUGGAGGCAAAGUCUACCGGGUUCGGAAAUGGAGAAGGCUGGGAUGCAGAAUCCAGGCCUCGCCAGGGCUAGGAAUACACUUCCCCUAUAGGCCUUACCUUGCCAUUUUGGAUAAAAACUACAACUCCCAGCAGGCAACGGACGGGCAAUCGCUUUACAGCCCCAUCCUUGCCCAGGAGCCACAUGGGUAUUGUAGUUUGUAACGCUAGCUGAGCCAAGGAGACCUUAAGGCUUGGAAUCUGAGGUUAGAGCUCCCCUCCCCGCAUCCCCUGUUCCCCUCCAGAUGAGGCCACAAUGAAAAUGGCAGCCUGGAGUUUUCUGAGGAGUGCGAAACUUAUCACAAACCGUGGUUUAAGAGAUGACACUUUCGUGAAGGAGUUCUCCGCGAUGUUGACUCGGGAAAAGGAAACGUUUCGGCGCAAUGUCGCUCGGUUUCACGGAGGUGAGGAUUCUUGUCCCAACAAAUGUGGUGUAUUGUUGCGGCUUCUGAGGUGGUGCGAUUCUUGCCUGCUGCACACGUACCCUUGUCGAAAGUCCACAGAUUGUGGAGUGCGCCAAAUCAACGUCAAUGAAAAGGAAGACCUGGUCCUGGACUGUGAGCUCGACUGGCACAAAAUUGCUACAGGCGCGACCCGUUACAGCUUUUACAGGGUUUGGGGGAGCAAAGCUGACAGCUUGUUGUACACGGGGAAAUGGCCCACCCUGACCAAGCAACUGGUGAGGCCCGCGGAUGCAGGUACCUACCGCUGCGCGUUGGGCACUCCGGGAGUGAGCCUAUUCUCGGCCCUCCGUUUUGAAGUCACAGUGUUGCCUCGGAAAAUCAUUUCGGUGAUGGUGACAUCUCCCAAGUCUGCAGCCAUUGUAACCCAGCCAUCAACCAUUGGAACCCAGUCACCAACCAAUGGAACGCAGUCACCAGCCAUUGGAACCGAGGCUGAGGAGGAAAUCUGGGAUGACCUUUCCCCAACCCUCGUGCCCUCAGAGUGUUCAAAGCCCGAAAAUGUGCAGACCGGCCGUCUGAUAGGGCUGCUUCUCUGGUGCUUUUUCCUGCUGAUCAUAGGAUUUUUCACUGGCGUACUUUGCUUUCGGUCUGGGAUGGUGACCGAUUCCAUAAAGUCCAGAUUCCGCACCGACAAGGCAGCUGCUCCACAGGACCAGCUUCCACAGAGUUGGCUGUCACAGAACCAGCUGUCACAUGACCAGCUGUCACAGAGUCCGCUCUCAGAAACCCAGGUUCCGAAAGCUGAGAAACUUCCGAAGGAAUAGGUGCAGUACCAAGGCGCAAAUAAAGAUUUAUCUGGUUGUCUCUA